UACAGGUAUGAACGAUUAUUACUGUUACACUGUGAUUACGUGUCGAGUGCUUUGCGAGUUCAUAACCUCAGAUCCGGCAUUUCCAUUGAAAUGUCUUCAUAUCGCACUCCCAAAAGUGGCUCUCACCAUAUGCGGGCUCCUAGCACCAGUACACCAACAUUAUUGAAAAAACAUAACAAUGCUGCAUUGAGUAACAUACCAAAUGUUAAAAUUAAUUUUAAUCUCGUUACCAAUCUAAAAUCAUUGCUUAUUAAUUUUAAUAAAAACAAUGAAAAAGAAAAACUUGAAUACAAUAAUCUGAUAUGUGAUAUCAGAGAUGCUGGCAUUGAAAUAAAGAUGAAUCUAUUACAGAUUACACCCAUGCCCAAGAAUUUAUCCCAAAUGAAUAAAAGCCACAUGGUGCAUAUGAACUCUGUCAAGUAUAAUGGGGGUAAAGAAAACUACACAUGCCAAGAUUUUACAACAUUUGCAAUUACAUUAGAGUGGCUUUUUGGUUCAUGAACAGGAUUCUGAACUCGUUAAGUUGUUGCAAGAUGCAAGAAAUUGUGUAAAUAUUUUAAAUGAAAAUCUAACACUGUUUGUUAAAGUUAUAUUGAUUUUAAAGUGGAUGAACAGAAGUGAUGAAGUAGUCAAUGAAUAUCGUGG